ACUGUGAUAAACUGAAUGUAUUUCUUUGAAUUGAGCCAUUUAUGUUUUGUAUCUUUGUAAGAUUAUUGAUUCAGUACAAACUCGAUGGUAUAUUGGACAAACUGUAACAAACUGACAAAGCAGAUAGCCUUUAUUUCGUGCCAUUGGCCUAUGAAAGAGAGGAGUUAUAAAGCACAAGGAUAGUUUUGAUUAUUUGGCAUGGGCUGGUCAAUACAGUAUUGAUCUGUCUUCUAACAUUACAGGUUUGGACGUGCAGGCAAUACUUUUAAUGGUUUUUGGAAUAUCUAUUUUAACUUUCUAUUUCGGAAGGACUAUGAUUGCUAUAUGAGCUCUUUUAGGAAAUUGGACAAUUACUUGAUCUUAUAUGUGGGGGAGAGUGUAGUCUGACGAUUUAAUUGUUCAUCGUUGUUAUUAGAUAUUAUUAUGAGGAAAGUUUGAAAAAGCUAUUGAGAAAAGGUCUCUAAGAUUACAAAGAUCAAGCUUGUGUUCCUUAGAACUGACGGAUCUAGGUAGUUUUACUUACUGACAUUCCGAUAAAGGAAACAGGAUCUGAUACUCCUAGCUUAGAAUCAGUGUGAAAGCCUGAAAGUCAAUAGCCACAAAUUGUCUAAGGAGACUCAUCAGUGCUUAUCAUUGAUUCAAUAGGAGUGCUGAGCGCCAUAAUUUUAGACGAACGUUGUGUGUUUUACUAAGAUAGCCACAGGAAUGCAAAGGAUUUGAAAAUGGAUUUUGUUCGUAGAAGAUUAUCCAAAGGAGGGAGCGAUGAUGAAUCGUCAUUAUCAUCAAGUUUGUCCGAGGGCACAAGUAGAUUUUUCAGUUCAAUGGUUGCAAAGAAAAAUGGAUUGAUAAACAAUUUGUCAAAUAAGUUUGAUAAUGUGAUGAAAACUAGUAGUAGUAGCGAUAGUUUUAGCAGUGAGGAAGGUAUUCCUAAACUGACCAAUAGAUUUUCUAGUGCUGAUGCUUAUAAUUAUGGUACAAAUGUAUUAUAUGAUUCAGAUCAGGAGCCUGAACAGCCAAAUACAAAGCAUAGUCCCUCGGGACAUUCCGACAGUGGUAGAAAAGAAAUUGUUCAACCACGACCUUUAAAUAUGAGUUUUGAGGAACCUUUGUAUUCUCCAACUUUAAAGAAUGAUGCUUUCAAAUACAAUAAAACUAAUUCAGUUGAUGUGAAAACUUCAUCAAACCAUGUGGUACAGCCUAAUACCACAAAUCAUGAAAUCAAAGCUGAUGUCCAUGUUCCACAGUCGCAGUGUAUUGGAAUAAAAAAAGUAAACAAUGCAGAUGUUGAUCCAAUACGAAAACAAAAUGGUACCGUGAAUGGUACAUCUGACAAAACAAAUGAACCAAAUGAAAGUAAAAAACCCCCAAAGUUAAAACGAAGGUCAAGUACUGUCGAUGAAAUGUUGUUUGAUGAUUAUAAUCCCCCUGUUGAAGAAGAAGAAGAAAAAUCGGAAAUGGUUGAUGAAUCAAGAGAUACUGUUGGGGAAGACUUGAUACCGCAUACGAGAAAGACAAUAGCCGUCAUGGGUGACCUUAUAUCAUUUGAUGAUGAUACAGAACCGGAUGAAAAUGAAAAUCUUUCACCAAAAAAGAGGUCACCCUUACAAAGUGUUAGUAGUACUAACAGCUCAGACAUUAAUUAUUUUGCUGGAAGUGUAGAUUCCUCAGAACCAGAAUAUGGUGAUUAUCAAAAUGAAAUGCAACGAUCUGAAUCAAUGGGGUCAGAAAUCUCUUGGACAUCAUCAUACAGUGUUGACAGCCAGCCUGAUGAGAUUACCCUUGAGUGUAUGGAAUUCAUGAAACACUUUGUUGAAAUGAUUUUUGACUCUAGUAAAGAAAUAACACAGACAGAAAAGGCAAAGUUUGGUGAAUUAUGUCAGUAUUCUCCAGGAAGAUUGUGGUUUGCAAGAUAUGUCAAUUCACAGAGAGUACACAGUAAGAUGGUUACCGAACAGAUAUUCUUCCGCCUUGUACAAUAUUUUGCAGUGGUGCUAUUUGAAUGUAAUGAGGCUGAAGAUUUCUCUCCUGCUAAAUCAUUAAUGAAUAUGUGUUUUACAUUUUAUAGUCAAAUACCUUGUGGUAAGAGUGUUGAGAAGAAUUUCCUGUAUAAUUUCCUUUGUGACCAGCCUAUCUGGCAAUCAUUACGGUUCUGGAAUGCUGCUUACUUUGAUGCUGUUCAGUGUGAGAGAGCAAGGCGACCAAUGACAACAAGGAAUGAUGCAAGAGAUGACCAAAAGGAUGACAGACGAUUCCAAGAAAACAUUACAUUUGGACAGUUAGGGACCUUUUCAUCCAACAUGAGAUCGUUUGGACUAGGGAAAGAUUUAUGUUUGGAGUUCCUGAGAAAACAGUCUACUAUAGGAAAUUUGAAACCAGAACAAAUAAGAAUGUUGAAAGAUAAUAUAGAGAAAUCAUGACAAAAGAUGUGAAAUCACACGGAAACGACAUAAUUAUUUGGUGAUACAAGUUACUCUAACAUUCCUGAGUUUGAUUGGUCAGCCAAAUGUUUGCCAAGUGUACUUCCACUAUAUAUAUCUAUGUUGUCAUAGAAAUAUGGAGCUUUCAAAUGUUCUAUGUAGAGGAAUUUUUAGGACUUCAGUCAUUCUCAUUAUUCAGAAAAAAAUAAUGGCAAAUGUGUUAUAAUCACAUAUAAACUGAAAUUUUUUUAGUCACCAUGGAUUAGUAAAGAAUUUGGAAUUCCCAUAGUAUAAAAUCCAUUUAAAUUUUUCUCCCCCCAAUUGUUUGACAAAAAGUACUUGUUUUAAAUUUGGUAUUUAAAAUCUUUGAAAUGUGCUGUAGUUAAAUGAUCCCUUUGAAAAGCAUUCUUAUGAUAUUGUAAAUUCUGAAAUUAAUGCAAUGUUUUUAUUAAUGCGAACAAUGCGACAGUAUCAGGUUUGCAAAAAAUAAAAACUCUCAUUCAUAAUUUCACUAGUGCUUUUCCUUCAUUAAAUUUUUGCAAUCACAUUAUUACAGUAACCUUUUAACUUACUGU